AUGAUUCUUGUUUAUGUUGAUGAUUUAAUCAUUGGUGGCACUGAUUCAUCUGAAAUUGUCUCCAUAAAGGGCAUUUUAGAUGCUCAAUUUAAGAUCAAAGACCUUGGUCACCUCAAGUACUUUCUUGGUUUAGAAGUGGCCUGGUCACACCUUGGUAUUCAUCUUUCUCAACGAAAGUAUGCAUUGGAUUUACUUUCUGACACUUGUUUUCUUGCAACCAAACCCGUUCCAACUCCUAUGGUGAAAACCAACAAAGCUUCACAAUCAGAUGGUACUCCCUAUGCUGACCCUGCUGGUUACAGAAGGCUUGUUGGCAAGCUUCUAUAUCUCACAACAACUAGACCAGAUAUUUCAUUUACUGUGCAAUAA